UACAGUUUGGCGCCAAUAGAAUUUAGCAACCUUUACCAGAGAAUUGACGUUUUCGAAAUUUCUGAGUUUGAAUUUGAAUUGAAUAAAGUUUAAAUGCAAUGCAAUGAUUCCUUUCAAAUCUACUAGAAACAGUUCAAGACGGUCUUCUAUACUUAAGCCUCCGAAACCACGUCAUCCUCUGCAGAACUUAAACUUUAGUAGUUCAUCUAAUGAAAAUAGCCCUACUACUACAACAAAGAUUAAAAGACGUGUUAGUUUUGCAGAAAAAAAACAUGUCAAAGAAUUUUGCAAUUCUUUGGAGCAAGGAACUGUAUGGAACAACACAUAUGAAGAAAAUGAUUUAAGCAAUCUUAAAAUACCUUGUUCUUCUAAUCAAAAAGAAUGUGAGAUCGAAAGUAUAUUUAAAGAGAAUUUUUUUGAUAAUCAUGAAAAUGAUGCACAAUCUGAUUACAAUAAAGUAAUGGAAGAAAAUGUUAAUAGUAAAGAGGAUAGUUUACAUGUUAUAAAUGUAGUUAAAAAUGUAAAUUGUCAAGAUGAAAUGUUAAUGACUGAACCAUUAAUUACACUUCAUGAUGCAGUUGUUGAAGAAAAUAAAUCUAUUUCAUUGACUAAUUUGCAAUUAGACAAUGAUAAUCACAUAUCAAAAAGUAUUACUGUGUAUGAAGACUGUAAUAGAAAAUUAAAUGAAAAAAUGUCAAAGUUAUCAAAUCAUAAUGAUUUAAAUACUAAAUCUGUUAAGAAAAUAUGUACGGAUUUAACUAAAGUUGUUUGCAAUAACAUAUGUUUUGAUGUAAACUAUAUUAAAAAUACUGUAACUGAAAAGGUGCCUGAAAAUGUAUCAAUGGAACUGACACAAAUUAUUUUACCAUCAGAAAAUAUACAAAACAUGUCAAUGGAAUUAACUGUACCCUUAUUAUCUGUCAUUAAUGAUAAUAUUAAUAAUGUAAAGAUGACUACAUGUGAAAAUGAUAGAACUAAAAACUUUCAUAAUAUUUCAAUGGAAAUGACUACAGCAGUAUCUAUGUGUAAUUUGCAGUCAAAUAGUAAUUAUUGUGUUGAUAAUGAUAAUAAAACAACUUUUUUUAAUGAUGUACAAGAUGAAAAAACUAAAUUAUUAAAUACAUCUAUGGAAGUAACUAGUGUAGUUCCAACUAAUACACAUACAAAAAUUUGUACAAAAGAAGUAACUGAUCCUAAUAAUCCAGAGAAUAGCACUAUCACUAAACUAUCACAAUGUGAAUAUAAUAUUGCAAAGCAAGAUGAAAAAACUAAAUUAUUAAAUACAUCUAUGGAAGUAACUAGUGUAGUUCCAACUAAUACACAUACAAAAAUUUGUACAAAAGAAGUAACUGAUCCUAAUAAUCCAGAGAAUAGCACUAUCACUAAACUAUCACAAUGUGAAUAUAAUAUUGCAAAGCAAGAUGAAAAAACUAAAUUAUUAAAUACAUCUAUGGAAGUAACUAGUGUAGUUCCAACUAAUACACAUACAAAAAUUUGUACAAAAGAAGUAACUGAUCCUAAUAAUCCAGAGAAUAGCACUAUCACUAAACUAUCACAAUGUGAAUAUAAUAUUGCAAAGCAAGAUGAAAAAACUAAAUUAUUAAAUACAUCUAUGGAAAUAACUAGUGUAGUUCCAGCUAAUGCACAUACAAAAAUUCAUAGAGAAGAUACAACUAAUCUCAAUAGUCCAGAGAAUAAUAUUAAAAAAUUAAGAAUUGAUCCAAUUUAUGAAACAUUGGCAAAUCUUAGUAGAACUAGAAUGUAUUCUAGUGAGUCAAUGGAAUUCACCACAGAUGUAGCAACUUCACCAAAAAUAAGAGUAUCGGAGCACCAAAAUAAUUUACAAACAACUAUACAAAAUACCUCUUACACCCAAUCGAAUUCAGCUUCAAUAUUUGGCAGCUGUAAUAGUCAUAUAUCAUCAAACAAAACUAUUAUUUUUCAAAAUAAUUCUACAUUUACAAACAUAUUACCACUUGAUGUAAGAGACAAUAGCGGAAAAGCAAGAGUAACAGACUGUGAAACAAAUAUAAAUGAAAAUAUAGCUAUAGUAACAACGCAAUCGCAAACUGAAAUAAAUUCUGAUACAGAUUCCAUUAAAAUUAGACAGUCAGUAUUAUCUGAUAAUAUUCAAAAUAGAGAUCUUGCAGAUUUCACAACUUGUACAGAUAAUAUCUUAAAAGAUAUUACUACUAUAGCAAUUCCUUGUACAUUAAGUUCAGAAACUGUUUCGGAUGAAGAAAAGUUUAUAGAUAAAGAAAAUAAUUUUUCAAAAAGGGUAGAAAAUGUUCUGGAUAAGUCCAAUUUAAUUAAACUUCAAAAUUCUGUAAAUGUUACAUCUAGCAUGGGUUUACAUGAGUCAGUACAGCAAGAUAUUUUUGUCUCAGGUUUAAGAAAAAACACAGAAGUACCUUGUACUACAUAUAACUCUAUGUCAAAUGAUUUUUUUUCUGCUGUAAAUUCAAAGCUAAAUAAAGAUAAAGAUAAACAUGCACAAACAAUUACAUCACAUCCAAGAAGAACAUAUACAAUUCAAUCAUUAGACAGUAAUCAUACUUUUACAAUCAGUAACAAAGAAAAUACUAACGUUUUACAAAUUAAUGAUAAUAAUUUCGGUAUCAAUAAUCAAGAAAAUAAUGUAUUAAAUAGUGAAAAAUGUUUACAAAAGAAUGAAAAUUAUAAUGAAGAAUGCCCAAUUAAUAAAAGUGAUAUAAUUUUCAAUGAAAAUGUAGAAAUAUUAGAAUCGAUUAAAACGCCAACAUUUUAUUGUUUGGAUGAUUUAUCAGAUAUAGAUCAAUCUAUAAACGUUAAUUGUAAUCAAGAAAUUAAUUGUUUUUCAAAAAAUAGAAAUGAUGAACACGAAGAUACUUCAAAUUUCAAUGAUUAUCAGGCGGAUAUAUUAGAUGAAAAUGUGCGAAAAUCUUGCACAUUUAUGAUCAAAUGUGCGUCUUCAAAUUCAAAGCUUGAUCAAGUACAAGCUGAUGAAAUUCAGAAAUUGGAAUUGCUAGAUGUGAGAAAUACCAAUAUAAAGUCUCAAAUUAUAAAAUGUUCAUCUCCGAUAAUGAACGAUACUGAAAAAUUAUCUCAGACGUUUGAUGUUGAAGAAAAUAUUCAAGAUUUAUGCUUGAAUAAUUCUAAUUUCGAAAAUCAAAACAUACAAUGUUUAUCAAAUGUAAGAGCAAUGUGUGAAAAUACUCUAAAAGUUAACGAUGAUGACAAGUCAGUUGAUAUAAAUAGGAUGAAAAUGAAUAAAGAAUCUUAUACAAAUGAAAAAUUGGAACAAUGUUUGAAAACUCAUACUUGCAUAGAAGGAAAUGUUGCGAUCGAACUAAACUUAUUCUCUUUUUUAAUGAACGAAUUGAAAGAUUAUACGAAAAGUGACGAAAUUAUUUGGGAAAUAUACCACGAAAAUAUUGAAAAAAAUAUGUUUAUUGCUGGUUUUAUAUCGUGUUCACUGUUAGUGGUAAUAUUUAUACGGGAUCUUCGUGAUGUAACAAAUAAUGAAUUUAUUAAAGACAUUAAACUAAUUUCUCGUUUAGCAGAUGACGCGGAUGUACUCAUGAAUAUAGUUCACCGGAUAAUUUUAGAAAAGUUAGACGUAAAAAAGUUGUUAGAUUUGUACAAAAAUCGUGAAGAUAUAUUAUUGAUGUUAGAUUUCAUUUCGAAGGAAGUAAAGCUAGCUAUGGAUUUUAUGUUCGAGUUGAAAUGUUUGAAUGAUUUAAAUUUAAUGGAAAUAACUCGUGAUCGAAUAUCUUUUGUAUCGCAAACUAGAACGGGAAACAUAAUAUUAGAGAUUACAAUUGAUAUCAAACCAUUUGACAAGAUUGAACCUCGGAACAUCUCCAUUCAUUGUCUUAUGGGUUCCGUGAGGGAGGAAGAUGUUAAAAAAUUGAUAAUGAAUAUAAAAAGGGAUCAUAAGUUUUUACGAAAAUAUAUAAACGAUGUGAAAGAUUAUAUAUAUUUAGUGGAAGAGUCUGUUAUAUGA